ACGGAAACGAACACUAGGUUCAGUGCUUUCGAUCAUGGUGUUCCAGGUGGUUUUCUUUGUUGUGCUGCUAGCUACAGCGAAUUGCCAAAAUCCAUGGCCCUAUCCGUUUCAACAACAGGUUCCGGCCCCACAGCAGCAAAAUGGACCUUUCCGGCCACAUGCAGGUUUCAUGCCACUUGGAUCUAAUGGCCUCCAACCGUUUGAGGGAUUCCCUUACGGCAAUACCAUCCUGCAUAAUAAUGGACCCCCUCAGCAGGUUAUUCCGCCUCCUAGGAUGCAACUCCUGCGAAUCCAGCUGGCCUGCGAAUCUAUUCCUGCACGACAGCCAACGUUAUUGCGUUGGGUUCGUCGGGAUAGUUCGACAGUUGCCAGCACAGCUAUCACCAUUGCCGACGGAACCAACGUUGUCGAUCCGGUGCACUACGCUGUUAACUUGGAGAACCUACCAAAUGGCGCCACUCGUUCCGUACUAACAUUUCUCAGGCCAGAGCCGGAUUCCAGUCAGGCAGCUUACUAUUGCCAAUCCGUUUCGUCAGCAGCUUCAACGGCUGAAAGCCGCGAAGUUUACGUGAUCGGUAAUCGCCAGUUCGUUAACGCAAACAUGGCAUAUCACGCUGCCGACACGUUCACUGGACACUGGCAACAGCGUUCGGCCACCGGUCUAGUCACGGAAGCUGUUAAAUUAGUUACACCCAAUCCAAUUCACCUCAACGACAUAAAUCAGAGUGGUUGGAUGAUUUAUCACGAAGAAGAUGUACAAGAACAUGGGACGCCCCCGAUGAACUUGCGCAAAUCCAUUAUUCCUCCUGUUGUCCGCAAUCGAUCUUCAUUGGUGACUUCCGAUAAACCAAUCUAGAUUUGAAAUCUUGCAAGGAACAAUAUACUGUAUUAUUUCAAAUACAAGAAAAAUAUGGAUUGCAUUAUUGUUA